AUGAGAUAUGGCGGUUUAUCAAUAAGACAGGACGAUUGUUCGUACGUCUGGCAAAUACCAGCAAAAGAACGCUGCGAAUGGGUGAAGAAGACUCCUGAUUGUGAUGCUAAUUACGGACUUUCUUAUACGCAAAUACUGUUUUGCACAUUCACCACCGAAAAUCCACCUUUAUUUAUUCUGGGCUGCAUUUUACUGAUACUCUGGCUACUUUACCUUUUUCUAAUUCUCGCAACAACUUCUGAUAAUUUUUUUUGUCCAUCUUUGGGAGUAAUUUCCACGGUAUUCCGACUUUCUGAUAAUAUUGCUGGAGUGACAAUUUUAGCUUUUGGAAAUGGAGCACCUGACAUAUUUACUUCUUUGGCUUCCAGCCCAGAUGACAGUAUGAUCAUGUUCACAGAAUUAAUAGGAGCUGGAGUUUUCGUCACUGCUCUCAUUGCUGGCUCUGUGGCUGCAUUUUCGCCAUUUCAAGUGCAUUGGAAGUCCUUCGUGAGAGAUUGCACUUUUUAUAUCUUAGCUACCGCCUGGAUAUGCUAUCUUGUCAACGAUCAAAUUAUUCAUUUAUGGGAAGCUCUAAGUUGUAUUGGGCUUUAUGCUCUGUUCAUUACAACUGUCGUACUAAUGCAAAUUUACGAUUCAAGAGAGGAAAACAGAAAAAACCGCUUUCCAAAAAUGGUAGAUGUGGAAAUUUUGAGAAUGUUUCUAGCGAACAGAGACAUAACUUAUCAACCCCAUCGUCGUUCUCGUGCAGUUAAUCUUCAAACUAAACUUGAUGUUGCCAUCGCAAAGGAAAUGGAAAGAAAUAAAUUGGAUCAAGAGCCAUUGGAACAAAAAGUAUUUGAAGAGAAAGAAAAAUCCUCACGACCUAAGGGUCUUUUUCGUGAGUUUCUUUUCGACGUAUCGCCAAUAAACAUUGACGACUGGAGAUCUGGAAACGCAUUUCUCAAGACUGUUCUUUUAAUUCGUACUCCUUUUAUGUUUUUUCUUCAGUUAUGUGUUCCAGUGGUAAAUGAAACUGCUGAAAAAAGAGGAUGGUCCAAAUUGUUAAAUUGUUUGCAAUUAUUUUUGACGCCAAUUGUUGUUCUUUCAUUCUUUAAAGCGUGGAAUUCGAAGAUUUAUACGGUGCCUUCAAUUGCACUGGGGGUGCCAAUUUUUGCUGGAAUUGCCAUAAUUGUGUUUUUAUUGACUUCUGCGGACAAAAUUCCAUACUUUCAUAAUGGCUUUGCUUUUCUGGGAUUUGGAGCAGCGAUGUUCGUUGUUUAUUUCGUCGCAGGAGAGGUGAUGUUAGUUCUCCAAUGUAUUGGAUACGUUAGUGGAAUAUCGGAUGCAAUGUUGGGAAUAACAUUUCUUGCAUGGGGCAAUAGUAUCGGAGAUUUAAUAUCUAACGUCACAAUAGCGAAGAAAGGUUUUCCUCGAAUGGGUUACGCUGCCUGCUUCGGUGGACCAAUGUUUAAUACUUUAUUGGGGUUAGGCUUGACUUAUGGCAUCGCUGCAGCCAGAGCCGAGGGGAACUUAAUUCAAAUUCGAAUCAGUGAUAUGGCCCCUGGAUGUUUAGCAUUUCUCUUUUGUUCAUUAUUGGCAUCUAUGAUUUAUUUAACUGCCACUGGUUUCCUUGCCAGGCGCUCCUACGGUUUCUUACUUUAUACAAUUUAUUUUUCCUUUAUUUUAAUUUGCUUUCUCAGCGAAUUUCACGUGAUACAUCCCCUCGGCACUGAUCAUCGUCCUGAUUAA